AUGUGGGAAAUAAUGAUUCCUUCUCCCCAGAGCACAGAUGAUGCUACUUCUAACUACACCUACAGGAUAGAGAUCCAAAGUCAUGGUUCCUCCUCUAGAAACCAGGCAUCCCGUGUCACCAGAGCUGUUACCACCAACAUAAACCCUGGAACCUUCUAUAAUUUCACUGUAUUUGUAGGAGUAACUGACAGUGUUACUGAAGCAAAAGAAUCCUCUAUUUUUUUUGCAGUUCCUGCUUUAGUGAAUUCAUUUCAGUGUGAACCAGUGGCCAAGGAGUCUUCCCUAAUGCUGAAGUGGGAAUGUCCUUCUGGUAACAAUUCUGGCUUCAAAAUUAAAAUAUUGAAUGGUACAUGGGGAAGAGAAGAACAGGCUCCAUCCUGCAUGAGAGAAGGCUCAGAAGAAACCUUCAGAACAGCAUCUUUAGAUUUUUUCAGCACCUAUACUGUUACUAUUGCAACUCUUUCAAAUAGUUCCGAAAGCCCUUCCGUGCAGAAAAUGUGCAGUACAAGCAUUACUGACCCACCUACUCCAAGCAGAGCUCCGUUUGUCAAGGCAAUCAGUCACAGCUCAUUGUCUGUUGAAUUCUCUGAUUUUGAGUCAGUGAACGGACCGUUAAAAGCCUACGCAGUGAUGAUCACAACAGGAGAACAAGAUUGUGGAUCUUUGAAGUCUCAAUUGAGCAGCACAUACGAAGAUUUCAAGAAGAUGAGAACAGUCACCUAUGUAACAUAUGUCAUAGAUACAGAGCAGGCAAAAUCUCCUUCCUCCCACUCUCAGAAUGGUACAAACAUCGUUAACGUAGGCAAGGGAAACACAAUGUAUGGCUACGAAAACGGCCCGUUGGUUCCGCUUUGUUCAUACAGGGCAAGUGUUGCAGGUUUCACUAAUAUAACCUUUACUGCGGCCAACAUCAUUGUGGGGAAAGAUAGUUAUGUAUCGUUUUCACCCUGUUCUGAGGCGGUUUUGCUACCCCAGGAUCCAGGUGUAAUUGCUGGAGCCAUUAUCGGAUCCCUUUUAGCUAUAUUGGCUGUGGUCGCUAUAGGGGGUUUCAUAUUUUGGAGAAGGAGAAGGAAAGAUAAAAGAAAUACUGAAGUGUCCUUUUCUCCAAUUAAAGUCAAGAAAUCAAAACUGGUUAAAGUGGAGAACUUUGAGUCCUACUUUAAGAAGCAGCAAGCUGACUCCAACUGUGGUUUUGCUGAAGAGUAUGAGGAACUCAAGUCUGCUGGUGUUCAUCAGCCCAAAUUUGCUGCUGAACUUACUGAGAACAGGGGAAAAAAUAGAUACAACAAUGUCUUACCAUAUGAUAUUUCUCGUGUUAAACUUUCAGAUCAAGGCUCUGCGACUGAUGAUUAUAUUAACGCAAACUAUAUGCCUGGCUAUAACUCAAAGAAAGCGUUUAUUGCUGCACAGGGUCCUUUACCCAAUACUAUAGACGACUUCUGGCGCAUGAUUUGGGAAAAGAAUAUCUACUCCGUUGUUAUGUUGACAAAAUGUGUUGAACAAGCCCGGACAAAAUGUGAGCAAUACUGGCCAGAGAAACAAUCCAAGAGCUAUGGUGGCAUCAUUGUGACAAUGGUCGCGGAGGUUGUCCUUCCAGAAUGGACAAUAAGGGACUUCACUGUAGAAAAGUCCGACACGCCAGAGAGCCACACAGUGCGGCAGUUCCAUUUCACCUCCUGGCCAGAUCACGGGGUGCCAGAGACAACAGACCUUCUCAUCAACUUUAGACACCUCAUUCAUGAGUACAGCAGCCAAAAUCCAAUCGACUCUCCGACUCUGGUGCACUGCAGUGCUGGUGUCGGGAGGACGGGGACGUUCAUUGCCGUCGACCGCCUGAUUCAGCAGAUCGAAAUGGAGAACACGGUGGAUGUGUACGGAGUGGUGUAUGAUCUGCGCAUGCACCGGCCUUUAAUGGUGCAAACGGAGGACCAGUAUGUUUUCCUCAACCAGUGUGUUAUGGAUAUUAUUAGAUCCCAGAAAGAGAAGAAAACAGAUCUUAUUUACCAAAACAUGACAGCAAUGUCAAUCUAUGAAAACUUCACACCUGGGCCAGGCUUUGGGAAGGCCAACGGCUACCACGCGUAGCCUGGAAGGAACACGCUGUCUCCAGGAGGUGUUACCUGCGCAUAGGAAAGGGAUGUUCUACUCGUGUUUUCCGGGGUUGUGUGCAGUGUCUCACGUCUGGCCUCUCCAGUUCUGUUUGCAUUUGAAGAUGUGAGCUACAGGAGGAAAACCACAGCGCUGGCGGGAGCCACCGAUUGAUCUUAAAAAACCCCACAACAAACCACCAAGCAAAACU